UUGACAACGAGGUUUCUUUGUUGAUCACCAAACGGCUCGCACAAACAGCUGAGACUGGACCGGUUCGUAUGGAGGAGGAACUCUUCGCUGCGUCAUGGUGGGUCAGCUGAUUUCCCGAACAGAACCAGCGGAGUUCGCUCCUCAGCAGCAGAGGCGGCUUUCGACACGUUGAUUGGCUGCAUCCUGGAGAUCAUCAUGGAAGAUGACUUCCAGCUGGUCCAGCGCACCUUCUUGGACCGGCACUACCUGGAGUUUGAGGAGUCUGAUGAGAACAAGCUGAGCUACACUCUGAUCUUCAACGAAUACGUGGAGCUGCUGGAGAAACCUCUGGAGGAAUAUCUGAUGAAGAAGAUCCCCGGUUUCAACAUGGCCAGCUUCACACAGCUGCUGAUGGAACACAAAGAAGAAGUCCCAGACGACAUCUUUGACAUGCUGCUCACCUUCACCGACUUCAUGGCCUUCAAGGAAAUGUUUGUCGAGUACCGAGCGGCUAAAGAGGGUCGAGGUUUGGACCUGAGUCAGGAUCUGCUGGUGACUCCCCUGAACCCGGCAGGUUCUGCUGGACACCAGUAGACCCACCAGAACCUCCAGAACCUUCUUGGCCCUCAUAUUGGAGCUGCUGCUUUGAGUCUGACAGAAACUCUGACCUGAUUCAAGACUAAGAACUUACUGAGUAAUGGAUGAAUGAAUGAAUGGGUGAAUGGUGUUUGAUAUAAGUUCUUGUUCUGAAUUUAUUGAAACUGAAUAAUUUUCCUUCACUGAAGGUCGUCAUAGUGAUUUUAAUGUUUGUGAAUAAAUUGUCUUUGUCAGAUUUCUGAUGAAAA